AUGCUGUCCACGUUCUAUUUCACUCCCGGCCCUCGACACUCGCAGACCCGUUACAGCUACAGUGGGCUACUAACUGCUCGCCAAGGCGCCGGCGUCACGGGACCCGACAAUCGUGCAGGUGCUUGCUGUUGA